GAAUGACACACAAAAAACGUUAAGUUUAAUCAUCCAACAUCAAAAUCGUUACAAUUCUUAUUAAAAAUUAUUAAUAAGAAAAUUAUUUUACACGACUGUUAAUAUACUCAUAACGUAAAAAUCUGCACAUCAGACCCGUACGAACACAAAGCAGGUGUGUUUUUAGAUUAAAAAAUCAAUAUGUUCAAGAGAAACAUUUCGAAUGGUGCUUUAAAACCACGUUAAACGGAGGAAAAUUUUUUGUGAAAUCUAUUUAAAUGGAGGAUUCCGUUUACUUGGAUAUUAAAGAUAAUCAAUGGCCCAUUAUCUAUAGGGACGAAUAUAAUGUUAAAUUUUGGGGUUUAGAAAAAUUACAUCCGUUUGAUUCACGAAAAUGGGGUAGAGUAUAUCAGUACUUAAAAGAAAUCGAAUUAAUCAACGAUGAAACGGUUACAACCCCAAAUGAAGUUAAAAAAGAAGAGUUAUUACAUGUACAUUCAAAAAAAUAUUUAAAAACUUUACAAUGCAGUUUUAAAGUAGCUUUAAUAGCGGAAUUAGUACCAAUAAUUUUUGUGCCAAAUCGUUUCGUACAAAAUGGUUAUUUAAAACCGAUGAGGUAUCAAACCGGGGGCUCUAUUUUGGCUGGAAAACUUGCACUCGAACGAGGUUGGGCCAUAAAUAUAGGUGGAGGCUUCCAUCAUUGCAGCGCUACCAAAGGGGGUGGAUUUUGCCCUUAUGCUGACAUCACUUUAUUGAUAAAAUUCGUUUUUGAUCACUAUGAAAAUAGGGUUAAAAAUGUGAUGAUUGUGGAUCUUGACGCACAUCAGGGAAAUGGAUACGCUAAGGAUUUUAUAGGAAACGAUAAAGUAUAUAUUUUAGAUGUUUAUAAUCGAAAUAUUUACCCUUGCGACAAAAAAGCUAAAAAAGGCAUUGCUCGGAUUGUUGAAUUGGAUAAUUAUACUUCCGAUUCAGAAUAUUUAUAUUUAAUAAAACAAAACCUAAAACAAGCUUUAGAUGAGUUUAGACCUGAUCUAAUGGUUUAUAACGCCGGAACGGAUGUUUUAGAAGGUGAUUCGUUGGGUCGAUUAGCAAUAACACCUGAUGGUAUUAUACAAAGAGAUGAAUUAGUUUUUCAAAUGGCUCGUGAUGCUUGCAUUCCUAUAGUUAUGUUAACCAGUGGAGGUUAUUUACAAGAAACGGCUAUCGUUAUCGCUCAUUCCAUUGAAAAUUUGCAUAGAAAUCGACUCAUAGUGGGACCUGAUAAGAAGUAGAAGUUUUUUUCAAACAAUUUUGAAAUAUAUAAUAUUUUACUUUUUUAGACGUUUUAAAUUAAAAUGUAAU